GGUCACGUGAUGAGGCCGCCAUAGGGGCCAUCAGCACUAUGGGCAAGCUGUGCCCUCAGCCCAUAUCAGGGCUUCGCGCCCGCCCGAGUGGGCCUAGUCCUGAUUCCUGUCCUCUACAGCAGCCAACCUCGCUGCCUUUCUGACUCCUACGGCGUCCGGGGUCGCAUAGGGCGGGACAUAGGUGACCGGAAGUGGGAGCCAUGAGCAUCUCCUGAAGCGCAGAUGCUGGAGGCGUUGGCUGGACCACCGCAGCGCACGCAUGGAGAGCGCUGGGCGUCGAGCUGUGUACCGACAGCUAAUCUGGGAACCCGGGCUCUGUGGGGCAGGAUCUUUACAGAACCCACCGCUCUCCAGGAGCAUGGGAACAUGACUCUAGGUCAGGAACCCGCUGCGGACAAGGCGCACGGCACCCGAACCUGCCCUACUGGCUGGUGAAUCCCUGGAGUCCCGAAACUUGCUGGUGUCAGUGGCAGCAUGGUCUUCUGUUUGGAAAACAAGAUGCCGCACCGCCUGCUGGGGAGCGCCACGGUCCACUUCCAUGCCUCGGAAGUCCAGCAGCUGCUACACAACAAGUUCGUGGUCAUUUUGGGGGACUCCAUCCAAAGAGCUGUGUAUAAGGACCUGGUGCUUUUGCUCCAGAAAGACACACUGCUCACAGCUUCCCAGUUAAAAGCCAAGGGGGAGCUGAGCUUUGAACAGGAUCAGCUGGUGGCUGGGGGCCAGCUGGGAGAGCUGCACAACGGGACACAGUACCGAGAGGUCCGCCAGUUCUGCUCUGGUUCUGGCCACCACCUUGUGCGCUUCUACUUCCUCACCCGUGUUUACUCCGAGUACCUUGAGGACGUCUUGGAGGAGCUGUCAUAUGGACCUGCCCCUGACCUAGUGAUCAUCAACUCCUGCCUCUGGGAUCUCUCCAGAUAUGGCCGCUGCUCAAUGGAGAGCUACAGGGAGAACUUGGAACGAGUGUUUGUACGAAUGGACCAGGUUUUGCCAGACUCUUGUCUGCUGGUGUGGAACUUGGCAAUGCCUUUGGGGGAACGUGUCACUGGGGGUUUCCUCCUUCCAGAGCUCCAGCCCCUGGCAGUCUCUCUGCGACAGGAUGUGGUUGAGGGGAACUUCUACAGUGCUACUCUAGCCGGGAACCACUAUUUCGACGUCCUCGAUCUCCACUUCCAUUUCCGGCAUGCUGUACAUCACCGACAUCGAGACGGUAUCCAUUGGGACCAGCAUGCACACCGCCACCUCUCACACUUACUUCUGACCCAUGUGGCCGAUGCCUGGGGUGUGGAGCUACCCAAACAUGACCAUCUCCCAGACCCAUGGAUUGAGGACUGGCCAGAGGUGGAUCAUUCAUUCCAGGGAAGCCAUAAGCAGCCCCCAGACUUCAGGGAGAAGCCGGCCUUGCCCCUGCUCCCACCUUUCCAUUUGCCUCCCCCCAUGUCUCUUCCUUACCCACUUCAGCCCUCACCACCUCCCUUGUUCCCACCCCUGCCCAAGGAUACCCCCUUUUCCCAAGGCCAGCCCUUUCCGCCCUGUGAAUUCAAAUACAAUGCAAUGGAGGACUUCUCGAUGCCAGGAUGUGGCCCUGGAAUGAACUUUGUACCUGGCCCCCUGCCACCAUCAGUCUCUGGCCCUGUCUCCCACGGUCAACACCGGGCCCCAGUGGUCCACCGGGGCAAGCCACGUUGUGUUCUGAACAACCCCUACCAUGUACCAAGGAUCAGGGGCCCAUGCAGGCAUCGACUCAGACACUCAGACAGACUGAUCCACACAUAUAAACAGGACAGACGGGGACAUGCUCACUCGGGAACAUGGCCUGGGUAGGCAGGAUCUUAGGUUGGGGCUAGAGAUGCCAACGGCCCUGGAGGGUCUGCCUGAUAACCUAGCUGUUGGGCUGGGGUGUUCUUGUCCAUUGCUGAUAUCAAUAAAAGCAUGGAAGGACAGAGUGACAUUCCUGUGUGAGGGAGUGGGUCUCCCAAACCAUGACCUUAAGGCAUGGGGAAGCUGCUCUUGGCCUCUGUUACAAAGUAUUUAGAAAUCUGUGAAUACACUCUUGUAGCACAGGUCCAUCUUCACAAGAACACAUGCACACUAAAUAAAGAUCCCCAGAGGGUCCCUUGUUACCAACAGGUCUUUGGGACUGGGAAAUAUAAAUUACUGAGUAAAAGUGUCAUUGGCAGACAUUCAGUAAGUUGUAAGGACCUAAAUGAGAAGCUUCCAAGUUCAGGUGAGAGACCAGUUAGCACCCCAUUGGUCCCUUGAUGCAGUGCUCAGUGAGAACAAAGCAGACACUGGUGGACAGGGUGGUGGCAGAGGCACUUGCCCAUAAUGGCGACAAUGGGCAGAGAGUUGAGUAGUGAGGACCCAUUACAUUUGAAUUAGAAUGGAGGGAACAGAAUUCUUGGGUUCAUUUUUGUUCCUGCUAAUGAGACCUUUGAAAAGGAAAACAUCCUACUGAAAAGAAAACAGAAAAACUGACCAGCAAAAUGGAUUUUGGUUAACAAUAUGGGCACUGUUAACAUAGGCAGGUGAUAAAGAAGUGGUCUCAGACAAUGUGAGUUAAUAAAACUUUCGGAGGGGACAAGAGACUUGCAGAGGCACCAACACAGUGCCCAAAACAAAUGUAUGAAUUCUUUUCUUCUGAACGAGAUUAAAAGGGGACAAAAAUUAAAAGCUUUUUUUUUUUUUUGGUUUAUUUUUACAGA